UACAUUGGGCAAGACGUCUUAUCAAUUUAAGAAAAAGAGGUUAUAAUUUCGCAAUUACACAAAAUCUAGGGUUUGCCGUAAAUUUACACUAAUAAAAUAUACAAACAUAAUGUAAAAUGCAUAUAUGUAGGACUUGAGAUAUCCAACACGUUUAAACCACUAAACGAAUCUUACACUGGAAGAUAACCAACCGGGAUGUCUUCGUUUAGAUCGAUCUUAUUUAAAGAUAUUGGUGUAAAAAGGCUUUGGAAUGCAUGGACUCGUGGAUAUAGAUUCAGUUAUGUGGUGCGGCGUUGCCGACGUGAACGUACAGUGCGGGAAGUGUUACAUUGUUUUAGGCAGGCAUUUUUCAAACCAAGCAGAACUCUUUUGAUGUCUGUGACGGCGGCGUACAACAGUCGCAGUGAGGAGACAACGGACUGUAACAUUGGAAUUUCCGAUCAUGAACUGGAGGUGUUACUAAGAGAUGUGGACUCAGUUAAGGAAUUGAUAAAGUUGACUCUACAAUGCAAGACAUGUUAUAAACGUGUUGUUAUAGAUAAGAAGCAAGCCGGCGUGCAGUACUGUGAUUGUAAAGAUGGCCAUCCUGCAGAGGACUCAUCAGACGGCUGGGUCCCAUUCAUGGAGGCGGAGGAUGUCAUCAUCUGGCGCAAGGAGUACAAACCUGGACAGGGUCUUUAUGCUUAUAAAGUAUACGGUCGUUACCCCGAGGUGAGUGCGCGUGAUUUCGCGGCUGUCCAAUUGGACGGGGCGUACCGUCGCGCGUGGGACGGCGCGGUGGCCGCGCUGGCUGUAGUUCAGCGACAUGCACUCGGCGUAUCCGGACAAGCGGUGCUGCAUUGGGAGGUGUUGUGGCCGAGAUUAUUCGCUAAUCGAGACUACGUGUACAUAAGGCGACACAAAGAAUACGAUGCAUUCAACGAACGUCUCACACCAAUCAAUGAACCUGUAGUCGCCGACUGUAAUGACACACAAGAGGAAACGAGACGGAAAGAUGUGGACAAUACGAGUGAGGGAGAAAUAGUAAAUAAUAAAGUGUACGUUAUUGUCUCCAAGUCUUGUGAACAUCCGGAUGUACCAGAAACGAGACACGCUAUCAGGGUUAUGGAAUAUUGGAGUCAUAUGGUGGUUAAAACUAUACAAGGUGCGGAUAAGCCUGGUAUGGAGUUUGUGCUGACGUACUAUGACGAGCCGGCGCGGGGGGGGAUGCCGGUGGGGGUGGCCGCGUGGGCGACUGGCCGCGCCGCACCCGGGUACCUCGCGCGUAUGCGCCGCGCAGCCAACCACUACCACGCGUGGGCAGCCAACACGCCACCGCAUCAACAGGAGAUGCCGGACUUCACACCUUUCGAUCCUGAGCUGGUAGAUGAGCAGCAGAAGAACACGAGCACACAGAUCAGUGAACAAGAUAUGGAGUCAUCAAAAGAGGGUCCUGAGAUGGAAAAUAAUGAUAACACAAGAGAUGAAAGUACACAGACAGAAGAAUUACAUGAAAAUGGUGUAGAAAUUAAAGAAAUAGUUAAAGAGAAAUGCAUAGAACAAGUUGUAAAUAACAAAGAAAUAAAGAAAGAAGUAGAAGAGAAGAAAGUAGAUGAAAAAAUGAGCAAUGUAUUAAAUGUUGAAGCGCCUGAUCAAAAAGAUACGGCAAAGGAGACAAUAGAGAUUGAGGGAGAAGAGAAUAAUGGUAGUUGGUGGAGAUAUCUCUACCCAUUUUAUUAUUUCGUAUAGUGAUGUUAAUAUUUGUUAGUUAUGAAUGUGUAGACCGACAGAGUUAUCUGACCCGGUGGGAAUAUAUGUCACAAGAUUCUUGUCAUACUGUAGCCGUCUUGUCAUAUUAUUUUUGUGUCAUUUCAUGUAGGGUUUAAAUCUUUUUUUGUCAAUUAACCACGAUGCCAUCAUCUCUCACCGGGUCAAAUAAGUUUGUUGAACUAAAUAGUUUUUUUUUUAUAUAAGUGACAGUAUAUAAGUGAAAGGUCUUUUCCGUGUUAUGCCAGGUUUAAUUUAUUCCAGUGCAGAGAUCGAAAUGCGCUGGAUUACAACCACUGU